AUAGUGUAGCCAACUUCACGCCAGUCACCAUAUUUCUUCUGUGAGACCAAAUGUACAUGUGUUGUGGCAAAAAGACAAUUUUCUCCCGGAAAUAGGUGUAAAAACUGUGCGUGCGUGAUUGGAAAAUGUGGCGUCGCGUGCCGUGCACGGCGUAGAUGUGACACCGUGUUGAUUGAACGGUGUUCUCCCAUUGAAAAACUCAUUCGCACACUGCCUUUGGGAACGAGAACCCCAAAAGAGUCGCCUCGAUGGUUUGUGACGUGAGUGCGGCUCUCCGCGAUUCACUCUCGGCGGAUCGUAAUCUGCAAACGCAGCUUGUCAGCACAACAAAACGAAUCCUCCUCACGAAGAUCGAGUACGAAGAUUUGGAUACACACACCAAUUGUGACGCCCUCAAGUCCAAGUACAUCGUGCUCAAGCCGACCUCCGGCGUGGUUUCCGGUGUCACUGCACAGCCCAAGAUGCCUGGCGUGUCCGCCGCCGGUCCUUGCUCGAGUACCAACGGCACAUCCUCGGCGUCUGCGAAUGGAAGGGAUGCUCAGCUGCCGGCGCCGAAGCGCGUGCUGUUCGCCAGGGACAGCGUCCAGGUGGGAUGGCGAGCCAGUGGGCGCAAGUGGCAGGUGGGAGCUGGCCUCAUCAACAUGGGCAACACCUGCUACCUGAAUUCCACCCUUCAGGCGCUCUUCCACGUGCCGGCGAUUGCGAACUGGCUCAUGGCGGACGAGAGUCACCGUGAUAAAUGCGAGGAUCUCGGUGGCGGUCAAGGUGGCUGUAUAAUUUGUGCAAUGGCGAGAACGCUGAUCUCCUCCCAGAGUAGUCAAUCACCCAUCAAGCCGUGGCUCAUCCACUCUAAACUGCGACUCGUGUGCAAACACUUCUUCCCAGGACGACAGGAGGACGCGCAUGAAUUCCUGCGCUACCUUGUGGAGGCAAUGGAGAAGGCGUACUUGGGCCGCGUGAAGAACAGCCGCGAUUUGGAUCAGUACAGCAAGGAGACGACGCCUCUUAACCAGAUCCUGGGCGGAUAUCUUCGCUCCACAGUCAGGUGCUUGGCCUGCGGCCAUGUGUCGACGACUUUUCAGCACUUUGAGGAUCUUCUGCUGGACAUCCGGAAGGCCAACACGGUUGAAGAGGCCUUGGGCGGCUACUUUGCCAGGGAGCGCCUCGAGGACAUGGGCUACAAGUGUGAGGCGUGCAAGAAGAAGACAUCCGCCACGAAGCAAUUCAGUCUGGAGCGCGCGCCUGUGGCGCUGUGCAUUCAGCUGAAGAGGUUCUCGAUGGCGGGAACGAAGCUCAAUAAGCACGUGGCGAUUCGAUCACGAUUGGACCUGACACCGUACACUCGCGGAGGUUCCGCGACGGCGCCGCUGGUGUACAGACUGGUCGCGAUGGUGACGCACUUGGGGGCGUCGCAGAAUUGCGGUCACUACACGGCGAUCGGACUCACAGACACGGGCAGCUAUUACCACUUUGACGACAGCUCUGUGCGCCCCAUUUCCCUGCAGAACGUGCUGCAGACGAACGCCUACAUAAUCUUCUACGAACUGGAGGAGGGCCCCACGAGAGUCCACCAGACACCGCCGAGCACCGCCACGAGUGCGAGCAGUCGCGAGGGCGCGCUGAACGGCGAUCUGGUGAAUGGCAGCACGAACGGCGUGGGCACGAGUCAGAAGGCGUCUGAGUCGCCCGUGAAGCAGUUUGCAGCGGGCGCGGUGAGCAAGCUGGAGACAAUGCCUGGCUUCAUUGGGCCACUGCUGCCCGGUGAGCGCGAGAAGAGUCCUGAGCCGCGGAAGGUGACGCUCAAUGGUGAGCCGCACCAGAAGAUCACCUUCAAUAUCACGCCGCCCAGCGCUAGAGUGUUGUCAUCGCAGAACAGUCAGAGCAAGCUGGUGAGUGUGACGAAGAAGAUUCACUUCAACGGGAGCUCCAAUGGCGUGAAGGCGGCAGAAAUGACACCGCCGGCGGCGAAGAAGGUUAAACUGACGGCAGUGACGCCGCUACAGGCGAAGCCCAAAAGCCUGGUGCCCUAUGAAUCGGACGAUGAGUCCAAUCCGUCGGAGAAUGAGGAUCCGGUGAUUGUGAAGACGGCGGCCGGGGUGUACAAAGUGACGCCAGUGGACGAGGCGGUGGUGAAAGGCGUGACAAACGGACCUGUCCGGAAGGCGGAAAAUGGAACUGAGAUUAGAAACACUGCCACGGUGAAGACACUCGUGAACAUGGGCGGACCCUGGGGAUACGGCACGUCCUCCGUGUACACGUGGAACGGACAGAAGACAACGAUAGAUCGAGAGGUACAGGAGGAGAAGAAGGAGGAGCGAAAGCGCGAAUUGGAACACCAAGCGGAGAACGGGGACUUCGACAGGGGAAAGAUGAAGAAGGUGAAGAUGCACCAUCCGCCCGGGAAGGACAAUCCGGGCUUCAAUCCCUUCCAGGAGUACCAAAUGCGCAACUGGUCGUGGAUCAACAACGGCCGCCAGGGGUACCAGGGCCACAUUUAUCGGCAGAAGUCGCACCACUACCAGCCCUAUCGGGGGCACGGCGGCGGUGGUUUUCGUGGGCGCCAUCGCGGCGUCUUCCACAGCAACUUCCGCUCCCACCAUGGCUACAGACGUGACAAAUGAGGGCAUUU